AUGACAGAAAUUAUUUACUUUGGUGAUUAUCAAAUGUUUAGAAAAUUGAAAGAACUUUACAAUGUUUCUUCCAAUUCUUCCAAUAAUUCAGAAAAGAAAUUGAUGAUGAAAAGAAAGAAGAAAACAUGUUUGGAGAAUAUUUCAUUCAUGUUCAAGGAAAAUCACUUUCAAUUUCCUCCAAGAUUGAACAAUAACAAUACAAAUUAUCAUGGUUCAAAAAGUCAGAGAAUUGUUGAUUUUCAAUUGGGAGAUGAUUUUGUAAUUUGUCAAACUGAAUCUACUCAAUUAUAUUUCAUUGGAUUGUAUUCCAAUAAGGGAGGAAUCAAUUAUCUUUGUGAACAAAUGCCAUGUGAAAAAAUUGGAAAGACUGAACUAAUCAAAUGUUGUUCCAAUAAGAUUCUUAUCAAAUCAUUGGCUGGAAAGUUUUACAUUGCUGAAGUUAAGAAAUUAGAUCAGGUACCAAUUUUCAAACCAGUUGAAGCUUUUGUAAAUACAGUAGUCAAUGAAACCGUUAAGGGAGUUCAUUUUGGAGAGAAUUUCAAUUCAGUCUUGACUGAGAAGAGUCAAGUUUUCUCUGAGGGAAGAUUCAUCAUUACCAAUGACAGAUAUGGAUACGAUUGGAUUUAUCCAGCACCUGCAGAUUUGCUCUUACCAACAAGUGUCACUACUAUUGAAAAGAUCUUUGGAGAUAAUCACUCAUUCAUGGUUAAGGAUGCAAAUCCAAAUGCUUUGAAAAAGUACUACUUGUAUCAGCAACAUUGGAAAAAUCAAAAUCCCUCACUCGAAGAUUGGAUUCUCAAAUAUUUCCCAGAGGAGCAUUCGAUUACAAUUGAGGAUGUUAUUCCAAAUGGAUGUGGAGUUGGAUAUUUAGUGUUGGUUUCGUUUGGAGAUUCUGACUUGAAACGUAUUGUCAUGAUUGGACAUAAGGGUGAAUUUUGUCAAUUCAGCCAAUAUUUGGAAGUAUUGGAUGAAAGAAAUGAUUUUUAUCACACAUUCGAUUUUCCUUCCUAUUUCUAUUCAGUAACAGGUUUUAAUGAGGAAUUUUCAUUUGAAAAUUGUCAUUUCACCACAAAUUUCGCCUUAUUUGAAAUGAAACAAACUGAAAAGUUAAAUUUCCAUUCUAAACUCUACAAGAAUAGUCAAUAUUCAGAUAUUGAGUUUGUCACACAAUCUGAAGGAGAACCAUUAUUGUAA